AUAAGUAACGUCGAGAAAGCGGAGUUUGAGCUGAAGUCCUUGUUCUCCAGAUACACCGCCCAAGUAGUAGCCGCCGCUGGUUUCGGCGUGGAUGGAUACUGUUUUGAUGACGAGAAAAAGGAUAUAUCUUUCCGAAAACUCGGACAAGCCAUUUUUGAACCGUCCACACGAAAUAAAAUUAUGUUCGCUCUCUUGGUCUUUAUUCCAUCGUUAAACAAAAUCAUUAAAAUGAAUUUUAUUCCAAAGAGCGUAGACCAUUUCUUCAGGACAUUGGUUGCGGAUCUCAUGGAGCAAAGGAGAAAAGAUGGCAUACCUAGGAACGAUUUUCUCCAUUUGAUGGCCGAACUGGAGAGAGCGGAGGGCAAGAAUUUCGACACUGAAAUGCUCACGGGACAGGCGAUGUCGUUUGUACUCGAUGGCUAUGAAACCUCUAGCACUGUUAUGAGUUUCACCGGCUUCUAUUUGGCCAGUUAUCCAAAAAUACAGGAGAAAUUACGCGAAGAAGUGUUGUCCGUGCUUAACAGAUACGACGGUGAAAUCACAUAUGAAGGUUUGAGGGAGAUGACAUACAUGGAUCAAGUCUUCAACGAAUCGAUGAGAAUGGUACCCGCAGGAUUGGUCUUGAAGAAACGAUGCACGGAAGAAUUUGAAUUGAAAGGCUCGGAUGGAGUUGUCUGUCGCGUGCAACCCAGAACUGCGAUCAUGAUACCGGUUCAAGCUUUUCACAAGGAUCCUCAAUACUGGGAAAAUCCCGAAGAGUACAAUCCUGAAAGAUUCAGCUCGGACAGGAAACACAGCAUCGAGAGAUUCGCCUAUCUUCCCUUCGGCGAAGGUCCGCGAAUCUGCGUGGGGAUGAGAAUGGCCCAGCUACAGAUGAAGGCAGGUCUGGCUACAAUUCUGAAAAAGUACAGCAUGGAACUAUCCCCGAGGACGCAAAAACCUUUGAAGAUGAUUCCUGGAACCCUUCUACCAACACCAAAAGGUGGUCUGUGGGCCUACUUUAGACGCCUUUGAGCACGAAUAUCUUCUUUUAAAUUUUUUCCGAGCUUUUAUUGCAUAAAUAAUUUUUUAUGUUUAAUAAAAAAAAUUUCUGUAUUUACAAAAUGGGGUUGUCUUCAAAUUUAAUUAGUUUUAAUUACUGCAUUUAUGUUUAUAUAAUAGUAAAAGAGAUGUUACUGCAACAGAAACUGUUGCUUGAAAUACUUUU